UUUAUCUUUUGUCUUCAUUCUCUUCAUUGUCUUCAUUGUUUUCAGUCUUCAGUCUCCAUUGUCUUCUUGAUCAACUUGAUUGCUCCGGUACCUACUUCUUGUUCACAUUUACCCUCUUACUAAUUGUACAUAUUCCAUCCACUCACAGCAUAAAAAAAAAGUCAUUCAUUCAUAAUCAACUUCAUCAUCAUGACCUCUCCCAUUCUCCUUCCAGAGAUGUUACUUUACUUGGCCCCACUGGUGGCAUUACAAGAUCGUCUUGCAUGUGCCCGUGUAUGUCGUCAAUGGUAUGCGUCCUUCAUGCCCUUUAUCUGGUCCUCCUUCACUGUUCCAGAAAACUGGGCAUCAUGUCCUUCUCCAUUUUCCUCCUCACCCUCUUCAUCAUCAUCAUUAUCGUUAUCACCCACUUCUUCUUUCCCAUGCCUCGAAACCCUAAAAAAGAAUGCCCAUUAUAUCCGAUCUCUCACUCUCAAGGCCACUCUGGGUCUUGAACCGUUUCUCAGAAACUGUACUUCCCUCAAGAUGCUUUUUAUACAUGGUGAGCAUAUCAUGGAUCCUCGUCCGGACACUUGGGACCAACUCAUUGAUCUGAUUCGACACAAUCCUGGGAUUGAAUGGAUCUUUUUCGGAUUUAACCUUACCAGUGCUCCCUCAGCUCAAUUCCUCCGAGCCUUACCAGAAGCAUGCCCUAAUCUGAAGAGAUACGAAUCCAGUCGAGCUAAAUAUGAUAAUUUUGAUCAAGUUGAAGCCCUGAUCCGAGUCUUCAGUCGACUCCAGAUCGCUUCCUCUCGCUUUGAAACCUUUGUUAACAUUCAGGAUCUUAAGCGAUGGUCCUUUCCAGAUCUCAUAGAAAUCUGCCUAAAGGACAUGAGAGGCUUCAGUCCACAAUCGCAGGUGGAAUUGAUCAGUCAGUGCCCUAACUUGCAGCAUCUGAAAUGGACCAUGUAUCGAGAUCAAUUCUUUCCUGUGAAAGAGUUUUGUGAAAAAGUCCCUGCUGCAUGUCCACACCUGACCAUGUUGCAGAUGGAUGGUUGUGGGUUACGGGAUCCGGACGAAAUCGGCCAAAUGUUGGAUUCAUUGGCUCCUCCCAUUAGAGGACUCGAGCUCUUUUCAGUCUGUGGAACGAGCAUCAGUAGACCAACUUUCCAGUCCUUGAGCCUUCAUUUCAAAACGUUGAAGUCCUUGGAUAUUUCAUAUUGUAGUCAAGUCGAGAGUUGGAUGGCUCAAAAGAUCCUUGAAGAAUCCCCUCAGCUCACACGGCUGUUGUGCCCAUCCCUCAAGAUGUGGGAUAUUGUUCAUGGCAAGGAUUGGGCCGCAAAAGGGAUGCAGCAUUUGGAGGUCAACAUCUUACAAUCAUCACCAGGAAAUUCAUCCUUAGAGGAACAAUGGACCACAUUUAGACAGCUCUCCAAGUUAACUCAACUGGAAUCCCUGAGCAUAGGGUCGCUUUCAUGGACUCUUCGUGAAGGCUUACUAUUCCAAAUGGAUUCUGGGGUGGAUCAACUUCGGACCUUGAUCAAUUUGGAGUAUUUGAACCUAGGCAAGUCCUAUCAACGGAUGGUUUUAGAUGAUGUUAUCUGGAUGGGCACUCAUCUCGAGAAACUGAAGAAAAUUGAGGGUAUUUUCCACCGGGACUGGGAUAAACAUCUAGAGAUGGCAACCAAGUUCAAGGAGUUUGGAGUGGAGGUUCUAGAUCAAGAGUUGCCACCAGACUAUUAUUUUGAUAAUGAUUCGAUCUAUACAGAUGGCUCAGAGAGUAUGGAGGAGUAUGAGGAGGAGUUGGAAGGUGAUGAUGAAGAUGGAUAUGGUGACUUUGAGGAGGGGGAUUAUGAAGAUGCACAGGAGCAGAACAAUAGCGCAGUAGAGGAGGAUCAGGAGCAUGAGGGAGAACACAAUUCCAUCAAAUCUGACCAAAUAAUCGAAGGCGAACCGGGACUCAUUUGCAUACAUGUAGGGGAUGGGAUGAUAGAGAUUGCCACUGACAAUAUCAUCCAGACUCAAAGAGCACAUGAAGAGCACAACUAAAAGUGUCCUUUCUCAGGAUGAAGACCUUUUAUUUUGAAUGCAAC